AUGAAGGGGCUCUUUGCUGCUGCGGCAUCAUUGCUCUUGAGCACUGUCAAGGCUCUCCCCUCUAAGCCCGCCACUGGACCAUUCUUGACACAAGUCGACAACACAACAUGGGUCCUCGGAAAUGAGAUCUGGAAUGUCACCCAGGAGCAGAUCUACGGUGUCAAGCUGAUGUACAAGGGGAAAGAUUGUGUUGGCGAAGCUGUCGGUCACUAUGUCAGUUACAACGGCGCAGCGUCUAACUUGCAAUGGACCUCGGCUUCCAUUUCCAGUCGCGGUACCCACCAGGGCAAGCAAUACAUUGAUGUCUCAUUCACUGCUGCGGAGGGAGAUAUGCAUUGGGUCAUUUUCUCCGGCCUGUCUGGUGCUUAUCAGUAUUUCGUGAACCAUGCGCUUCCUACCCUCGGUGAAUUCCGUACUCUCUGGCGGUUGGAUAACUCGACUUUCACAAAGGGUCGAACCAACAUCAAGGAUGAGGAAUUACCCCCACUGAGCGAGUAUUUGGCCACGAACAAGGUUCAGGAUGAGACGUGGUUGAAGCCUGAUGGGAGUGGGUAUAUCACCAAGUAUGACUUUACUGCUUGGUCGAGGAACCAGGAUUUCUUUGGUGUUUACGGAGAUGGAUUUGGUAGUUGGUAUAUAAAUGCUGGCAAGGACUACUAUAAUGGUAAUCAUCUGAAACAGGAGCUGAUGGUCCACCGAGAAUCAUCCACCGGAGACGCCGUGCAGCUGAACAUGAUCCAUGGCACUCACUUCAUGGCCUCAUCUUCCGACGUAUUCCCCGAUGGCAAGAUGUGGGGACCAUGGCUUUGGUAUCUCAACGAUGGCGACAAGAAAGAUGCCGCCAAGCGAGCCGCAGAAGAAUUCAAAUCCUGGCCAUACGCCUGGCUCGACGACGAAGACUACCACAGCCGUGGCGUUGUCCAAGGCAAGAUCAUGCUGUCCGACGGCCGCCCAGCCAGCAACGCCGCCGUCUUCCUCGGUGACAACAACCCCAAUAAAACCGCCCUAGACAUGGGCUCAACAUACUACUACACCGCAUACGCCGACAAGCACGGCAACUUCGAAUUCUCCGACGUCCGCGCAGCUACAUACGGUCUCCAAGCCUGGUCGAACGGCAGUUCCAUCGCCGAUGUGACAACCUCCUUCCUCCAAAACGACGUUACCGUGAAAAAAUCCUCAAAGACCAACCUCGGCAGCCUAACCUGGCAAGUCUCGUCCAAGAAGCAAGUCUUCCAAAUCGGUGACUUCGACCGCUACAGUUACGGUUUCUUGCACGGCGGAGCACCACACGAACACGCCCUGGUCGCGUCAUGCCCCGCAAACCUGACAUACACAAUCGGCGAGUCCAAGCCUAUUGACUGGUGUUUCGGACAGACCUACAAGGGUAACUGGACCGUGCGAUUCAAGGCCUCGUCUGUUCCUGAAUCUGCGGCUCCGAAUCUGAUCGUUUCACUGGCUGGAUACUCCUCGGGGGCGAGCACUAAUAUUCUCGCUAAUGGAGUCCAGGUUGGUAAUAUGACUAGUGGGUCUUCGUUGAUUCCUACUGAUCCGUGCUUGUAUCGCUCUGCGACGGGUGCGGGUGAGUGGCAUUUGCUUGAGUAUUCGUUUGAUAAAGGUUUGUUGACGGAGGGGUGGAAUGAGAUUACUUUUAAUAUGGUGAGGAAUACUACGUGGCAUGGAUUUAUGUGGGAUAGUGUUGUCCUGGAGUGGUGA